AACUGGAAAACCUUGCGCGUGUCGGUGUAUCUGGAUUAACGGAAUGGAUUAGAGAUCUAAGAACGCCUCUUUCCCAUGUCGGAGGAGAUGAAGAAGCAGCACCCUCCUCUUCCUCACCAGGAUGUCCAGAGAGAGAUCAGAGAGGGGGAGUAACUGGGGAUACACCAUGAUGGAGCCCUGAUACAGAGGACAGAGCACAGUUAAAUGGAGGAGCGGGACAGAAGCCGCUCCCCGUCCCGCAGGACCAGUCGGGUGGAGCAGGUGGUGGGGCGAUGGCUACGACGCUCCAGGGAUUCCAGCAGCAGAGAGCGUAUCCUGGUAGAUGGGAAGGCGGCUGCGGGGGGAGAGUCUAGCGGUCAGGAUCAGAAGAACAGCUACCCGGUUAGACUGACCAUCCAGAUCCUACGAGACCCCCUCCUCAACACUCAUGGAAUCACCCUGACACCUCAGACACCCAUACUGGUGCAGGACAUCACCCCAGCGGGGCCGGCUGAUGGAAGGCUCAUCCCUGGCGACCAGGUCGUAAAGAUCAACAAUGUUGCCGUCGAUGACCUGACCCCAGAGCAAGCGGCUGACCUCAUCAGGGAGUGUCAGCACUCUGUGAUGAUAACGGUCCUCAGAAACUCAGCGGGACCCAAGUCUUCCUUCAUCACCCCAGAGAAGAGAGCUAAACUCCGGUCCAACCCGGUCAAAGUUCGCUUUGCUGAGGAGGUUGAGGUCAAUAGUCACUCUCAGGGCAACUCGCUGCUCUUCCUCCCCAACGUUCUAAAGGUGUAUCUGGAGAACGGACAGACCAAGGCCUUCAAGUUUGAACCCAACACCACUGUCAAGGACAUAGUAAUGACUGUCUGUUCUAAACUGUCUCUGUCUCGUAUUGAACACUACAGCAUCAGUAAACUGCUGUUACUGGAACAGGAAUAUAGCAUCAGUAAACUGCUGUUACUACAUGAAGAGGAGAGGAUACAACAGGUGGUUCAUCAGAAGGAAGUCCAUGACUACAGAUGUCUGUUCAGAGUGUGUUUUAUACCCAGAGAACCUGAGCACCUUUUACAAGACGACCCCACUGCCUUCCAGUACCUCUACCUGCAGGGUAUAAAUGACGUGCUACAGGAGCGUUUUGCAGUGGAGAUGCGUUGCAACACGGCCCUGCGUCUGGCAGCCCUGCACAUACAGGAGAGACUAGCCAGCUGUGGACAGUCACCUCGGACCAAACUCAAGAUCAUCACGAAGAGUUGGGGCAUUGAGAACUUUAUCUCUUCAACCCUCCUGAGGAACAUGAGGGAAAAGGAUCUGAGAAAGGCCAUUGGCUAUCACAUGAAGAAGAGCCAAUCACAGGAGCCAAAGCAGAAGGUGCUGUCGGCCAAUCAGGCGAAGAUUAACUACCUGGAGGAGCUGUGUGACCUCAAGUCCUUCGGCGGGAAGUCCUUCAGCGCCACCAUGAUGCUCCAGGACAGAGAGUCGAUGGUGACCCUGUUGGUGGGGUCGCGGUACGGUAUCAGUCAGGUGGUGAACCACAAACUGAGCAUUAUGACCACCCUCACAGAGUUCAGCAGUAUCACACGCAUAGAGCUGCUACCAGAGUCUGACCGCGGUCUGGUCAAGAUAUAUCUACAGGACAUCAAGCCGAUCACCCUGUUGUUGGAGUCAGUAGCAGCUAAGGAACUGUCCUGUCUGGUGGCAGGGUACUGUCGUGCCCUAGUGGACCCCAGCCUCAUCAUCUUCCCCUGGACACAGGACGGCAAGCAGCACCGCGUGUCUGCCGAGGAGGGUUAUGUGUCGCGGGGUGGCAGUGACUCGGACGAUUCCUCCGACAUGGACAUGGACACUCUCAUCUCCCUUGUAUCCCAUAACAACAAGCGAACCACAUCAGACCCGGUCGGUCUACGCCGGAUUAUGGAGGAGAGGAAAGAGGAGAGGAAAGAGAGGAAGGAGAGAGAGGAGAGGAAAAAGAAUGAGAAGGGAGAAGCAGAACAAGAGAAAAAUAUGAAAUACGGAACUAUGUCUCCACUCAUCUCCAGUGACUCCCUGGAUGCUCUGGAGGAAGAUGACCUGAUCGCCUGCUCUUCCUCCCUCCCUCACCCUCACCCUCCCUUCCGCCUCACAGUGGAGCCCCCUCAUCCCCAGCCUCACCCACGAGAGGGUGCAUCCUCACCCCAAGGAGUGGCAGGAGAGUGGAGAGGAGAUAACCUGAACUACGCUGAGCUCUCUCUCAUGCUGGAGUACCUCCCCAGUCCUCCGGAGGCGAGUGACGAUGAGGAUGAGGAGGAGAAGAGGGAAGAGAGGAGGAGGAGUAAUGAAGGAACUGGACAGGAGGUAUUGUCUGUAUCCGGAUGUCUCCGGUCCUCCUCCUCCUCACUUAUGGACUGUGUGUUUACCUUCGAGCAGAGCGACGCGAGGCAUUACUACAAUAUCUGCCCUAAUGUUACCCCCGACAGCACCCACAGCCUCACCCACCCUCACCCUGAGACUGAGGAAGAGGAAGGUGGUGGUGAGGAGGAAGAGCAGGGGGCGCUCCUAACCCUAGAGCCCGUGCCCAUCCUCCAGCCGCCUCCAGGGUUCGGAGACAGCAGUUCUGACGAGGAAUUCUUUGAUGCGAGGGAUCGGAUCGCCUCGCCUGAAAACCCAACAUCAGGGACUGUGUCCAGAGGUGUGUCAGGGUUGUUACUGUCCUGUAAGACCGACUUCACCUCAACAGUCUCCUACCCUGGACCGGACCAAAACCAGGAGCGGAACUGGAACCCAGAUCAUGUUCCUGAUCAGCAUCUGGACCUGGCACAGAACCGGACAGAGAGCUCAGACGAAAGCCAGCAGCUGAGUCUGGACCCAGAACCAUCUGAGCAGAGCCAGAACCCAUGUCCUACUAUCUCCUCUCUGAGCCACGCCGAGGGUGAGGCGUCCCAGCUCGAGUCCAAGCCUAUCCUCGCCAAGCCCAGCCCAGAGGGGUCCCAUCGGGGACCUGGAGAGCCACGUGUGCUUGGUAACCCAAAGGGAAAUCCACGGGCGCCUGAUAACCCGAAGGGUGACCUCCAUAGGAGCUCCAGGAACAGGCGGCAGUCCAUGGAGACGGAGCCCGACAUGAUGGAGUCCAAAUCGGUCACGGCCCUGGUGACGGCAGCCUCCCUCUCCAUCACGGCUGUCCGCUGUAGAGUAGAACCAGAUGGUGUGUAUGGGAGGGACACGGGGGGUGAACAAGGCGUGGCUGGUGGUGAGGAGAGCGUGACUCCCCUUUCUGCUCCUCCUCCCCCCACCUCUCCACUGCCACCCUUCCCAGCCCCCUCCAUCCCCCACACGGAGAGGGCAGAGAGGGAUAGCAAGGAUGGGAAUGUGGGGCUUCCUCCUCCGGCCUUGCUCACCGGGCAUCAUCGGGCAAAGCCUCUCGGCCUCCACAUUACGGGGAAGAUCCAGAGCCUGCCCCUAUAUUUAUCUCGCUCCCAGGAAACCCUCACCCUCUCUGGGGUGGGAAGCCCCAACAGGAGCCCCUCUCCGGAGACCACCAGCAACAAGACUGAGGUAAUGGUCACCACCGAAACCACCAAGUACGACGAUGUCACAAAGGUGGCAACAGGGGAGGAUUUGAAAGAUUCCGGGGUGGCGUUGGUAGAAUCGGAUGAUUCUGAGGUUACGCUGACAGAAUCGGAGGUUGGCGAGGUUGUUGUGGAGACGGCCGGGGCGGAAAUCACGAGGUUGACGGUUUCAGAGGUCAAGGAGGUGAUCGAGAAGGUCGUGAUGGUCUACGGAUCCUCCCUUCCUCCCCCUUUAGCACCCAUCUCUCUAGAGUCCAAACCAGAUCCCAAAAUGGUUGUCAAGUUGCCUACCUGUCCCAUUGCUACAGUGGUAACUGCCCCUCCUAUGGCUCCAGCACCUAUCUGUCUGGAGCCCAAACCAGUCCCUGAACUACUCUCCCCAGGCUCCACUAUCCACAAAAUGGCCGCCCCAUUACCUUCCUGUCCUUCCUUUCGCGUGCCCAUACGCGUAGAGCCCAAACCAGACCAUGAACCACUAUCCAUACGCUCCAAAAUGGCCGCCUUGUCGUCUUCUUAUCCCCCUGCUUUAGUGGUAACCACAGAGAGUCUGAAUUCCUCUUCUUCUAAUCCUCACCCCAUCAGAGUAGAACCCAUGCCAGAGCCUUGCCUUGAACCCUUUUCAGGCCCCAAAAUGUCUGCUCCGUUGUCUUCCUGCCCCUCUGCUUUAGUGGUGACCACACAGAGUCUAGUGGUGACCACACAGAGUCUAGUGGUGACCACACAGAGUCUGAACGGACCGGGGCUCAGCUUCCCUGGUUCUAACAUGAGAGGACAGCCAUUUGGGAGCAAUAGCUUCUGUAGACCCCCAGGUGAGGAGGCAGGCCUGCUGAACACUCUGACUACAGGGUGUGGGGUCUUCACCUCCACCUGUGAGACCCAGCCCAACCAGGCCCACAUGGAAUCCUAUUCGCCGGCCAAGCCUGACUUUGGGUGUAGCUCGGUGCUGGCGUCAGGGUGCGAGACGGUCAUGGAGGGGGUGCAGACGCCCCUGGAGGCAUGCAGGUGUCCACCACCGCUGGUUUAUACCAACUGUUUCAGCGGGGGUGACAGCUUCGACGAUGAGUUGACAGUUUACGAGUUCUCCUGUCGGACAAGUUCUCCUCCCGCCUCCCAACCCUCUUCCUCUGCGCUGGCCCUCCCUCUCACGACCUCUCCUCCUCUCUCCUCUUUCCUCUCCUCCUCCCCUCCCUCCUCCCUCCUCUCUCCCUCCUUCCCUCGCUCCGUCCUGCCCCCCUCCUCCUCCAUGGAGCUCUCACCACUCCUCUCCCCGCUCCUUUCCCCGUCCAACUGCUUCUUGUCCCAGUCAAGUCUCCAUGAUGAUAUCAGCCGACUACGCCACCGCCGCUUCCCACCGCCCCCCGCAGGGUUCCAGACCGUCCGGAGCGACGUGGACGAGCUUCUCACCCUCCUGCAGGGGGGGAGGAUGGGGAGCAGAGGGGGGAGGCACCCCAGGGAGACCUGCGCCACCCACUUCUCAGAGAACAAGCGUCUUCUCCACGGGGAGGCCCGGAGGCUGAUGGCUGGCUGUCAGAAGGUGGUCCGGGUGGGGCAGACCCCAGACGAGAUGCUCUUCUCCCUCUCCGACAGCUUCAGGACCCUGGUGGGCAUGGCCGGCAUGUGCCUAUGGUUCUCUGGGUGCGACCGGUGCGACCGGAGGAAUGCCGAGGCACUGGCGGGGCUGGCGGACGUGGCCAGAACGUACCGGGAGUUUGUACUGGCGGCGGAGAGGGCGAGCGGGAGGCGGAGCUGUCAUGACCUCAGCACCAAGCUCCUUGCCAAGCAGUGUACCGCCCUCACUGCUUCCGUCUUCUGCCUCACACAGCUGUUCCGCACACUCACCGCACUCUGAACUGAACCAACGAUCUCUGACCCCUAUAACAACAUGUCGGUUGACCUUUCAAUUCUGACCUCUAGACCCACUACACAGGGUUGCCAGCCAAUCAGUCAGUCACCAGGCUGAGUGGGGAAUGAAUGUGUGAACUGCAACAGGUCCACGUAGCGACAAAAAAAAAUAGGAAGCACAAUUGAAAGGAGAGAGAUGAGACAAGACGGGAUGAAACAAGACGGUUCUAGUGUCCUGUGACAUCAUGGAGAGCCUCUGUGGUAUCAUAAAUAAGGAACCUCUAUGACAUCACAAAGUGCCUGUGUGACAUCACAGAGAACAUGUGACACGCUGGAAGACAUAAAAGUGAUGUCAUAACAGGUCCCAAAUGACUAUUCAGCUUUUUUAACCAUAACCUACAGUACACUGCUGAAACCACACGAGGGACAAACUGGACAUAUGUAGCAUCAUCACCACACUGCAAGAAGCCUCAUGCAAUGACAAUCUCCGGACUCAGAGCCAACCUGCUUGCGUUAAUAGAGUAUUUAAGUAAUUAUUAUAUUUGAAUGUCAAUUAUUUAUUUGUUUUCAUUCAUUAUUUAUUUGUUUUGAUGUAUUAUUUAUUUGUUUUGAUAUAUUAU